UGCGUGGGAGUGGGAGAAGAGGGUUGAGACGGAGAGGGAGAAGGCUAGGCUUUGACGCAAAACGGAUGCAACUCAAUUGCAUAGUGCAAAGUUCGACCGUGGGCAAAUGCGUCUUUGUCGAUUAAGGGACAACGGCCGAUGACGUCACCAUGGAUAUCCUCCAGCAACUUUGCCUCUAAGAGACGGUAUCAACCUGGACUUCACCCGUGGUGCAACAUGAAUUGCGAAAUCAGUCCUCCCCCGGCGAAGAGACGAAAGACAUCUACCAACAAUGUAACGCCGAUCAAGGCCUCCAUCUCGCUACCUCCCACGGUACCUGACGCCGAUACAAUGCGCAUCUUCUCCUGGAACAUCAAUGGCAUCACGCCGUUCCUACAAAAGCCCAUCACCACUUAUUUCAAUCCAACCAAACCAACCUCCAACGCAAACAUCCCACCAGCCUCCCUCCGCGGCUUUCUCAAACGCCAUCACUGGCCUGCAAUCCUUUUUCUCCAAGAAGUCAAGAUCGCGGCCAAGGACUUGAAAACGCAAGAUGCAGUUCAGACCGCAGUGAAUGCAAGCCUACCCGCUGAAACCUCCGAGUUGGGACCAGGCCCACGCUACGAAGCCCACUUCACGCUCCCCCGCGACCCCCACAACGCCCGAGGCUCGCGCGGCACCGGAAAAGUCUACGGCGUGUGCAGUAUCGUGCGCGCCGACGUCGCCAAAAAGCUUGCCGCCACAGUCCGCACCGUGGACUGGGACACCGAGGGCCGCGUGUCUGUCGUCGAGCUGCACAGUCCAUCGACAAAGCUCGCACUGUUCAACAUUUACGCCAUCAAUGGGACAGACGCGCCCUACCGCGACCCGGCGACAGGGGUGCUCCGCGGCACCCGGCAUGAGCGGAAACUCGCAUUCCACCGAUUUCUCAUGGAGGAGUGUCUGGAGAUGGAACAAGACGGAUGGGACGUCUUCCUUGCGGGCGAUAUGAACGUUGCGCCAGCCGCUAUCGACGGAUUUCCCCGGCUGCGCACAUUUCCCCACCAGCACGUCGUCAAUCGCGCGGACUUCAACGCUAGAUUUCUGGACACUAGUAAGAAGAAGCAGGGGGAAGGGAAAGUAUUCGAGGGGAUUGAUGUCUGGCGGAGGAUGAAUGAGGGGGUGAAGAGGUAUACGUGGUUCCCUCGGGGGCGGCAGUGGGGUAGUAGCUGUGAUAGGGUGGAUUAUAUUGUUGUUGGAGAGAGCAUAUGGGAUCGGGGAAUGGUGCGUGGGGCGGGAAUUUUGGAUAGUGAGGCUGAGCGGGGACCGAGCGAUCAUGUUCCUAUCUGGGCUGAUAUUGGGCUGUCCGGCGUGGACGAAGAAGGAAACGGUAAAGGAGCUGUGUUAGACGGUAUGCGAAGUUAUGACCUCGGUGCAUAAAAACCCACGUCUGUGGUCUUGCGCCUUCGACCUCAUCCCGGACGUCAUCGACGUUAUACAUUUCUC